AUUAAACAAAACCUUCUUUGUGGACUAGCGAACCUUCAUGUAGCAAGCGAUUUUAUGUGUGUAACUUUUCGGUGUGCCUGGUGUCGUUUACUUGUAAACAAGCAACAUGGCAGGGACAACGUACCCUUCCGAGAGCAUAUACAACCUUAUUCCAAGAGAGGAGGUUAAAAUAAUAAAACCACCCAGGUACAUGUCCAAGUUCAGAGAACAAAUGAAGCUCGAAAAGCAGGAAAACAAGGCACCCAACAAGACCAUGGGUCCUGCAAAAGUAGAAGUGCCAUCUCCAGAGAAAUACCUCCAGAAACACUCAAAAGAAGACAGAAGCCUAGAAAAGAAACCAAAUACGGAUCAUUUUGAGGAGAUGAUGAAACCACGGAAGCCCCGUGUUCCAUCGAAAUCUGACAAGCCUCUGAUGGGCAUUCAGACAAAAAAGGACUUUGUGAAGACGAAUGCCUUUGAGAAUAUAAUGGCGGUGCCUAAAAAGCCACAGCCUACCUAUGUGGACACCAAGAAGGGAGACAAAUUCCCACUGGAGACCUCCGGCCUUGUCCCCAAGUAUCUCAAGAAAAAGGACUAUGGGCAGACCCCUGAGUACCUGCUGCAGAGGCAGGAGGAGGUGAAGAGGGCCCAGGAGGAGUAUAAUGACUACGUCCAGGAGUGCAUGAAGCAGGGAGCCAUGCAGCAGCUCUCAGACGAGGAACGCAAGCACAUCCUGGAGGGCCUGAAGAAGAACUGGGAGGAGCUGCAUCAUCAGUACCAGGGCCUGUCGGUCGUCACGGACACCACCCCCAAGAAGUACCGGAAGGAGCGCCUGGAGCUGGAGAUGAAGCAGCUGGAGAAGGACAUCGACCUCAUCGAGCGCUACAAGACCAUCUACAUCUCCAAUAACUAGUCCCCACCGGAGGUCAUCAGAGGUCAACCAAGAAGAGUUGAAGACGAUGGGUGUUACUACUGCCACUGCACUUGUCAUAUUUUCUCAGUGUUUUAUUUCAUGUCAUCGUUUUAUCAUUACAAUUGAGUUUUAAAAAAUAAAUCUGAUGACACAUCUUGGCACAACA